UCGAUUUCAGCUCUCAACUCGGAACACAAAAGGCUCCCAAUCUCACAUCAGAGAGGUCAGAUAACUUUACAUUCUCCAAAUUAAAUAACUUUUUCUCACUUCUUCAUCUAUAGUUUGAUGGGUUCUUUGCUGCGUCGAGUUGCACACUCUUUAGUAUCCUUAAAACCCAUCAAUCCGACAGCUCAGCUCAUGCAUACAAACUCAGUUCCCAACAACGUUGUCAGAGCCAUCUGUGAUUCCUUCAAAUCCGGUUGGAGUUGGGAUGCUCUGACUUCAAAGUUUGAUUCUGUAAAAGUAGAUGCAAAACUUGUUGAGAGUGUAUUGUUAGAAUUGAAGGAGCCAAAUGAUGCAAAACGUGCUCUUGGUUUCUUUCAUUGGGUAUCAAAAAGGAAGGAGUUUGAUCAUGGGGUCUGGUCCUACUCCAUCACCAUUCACAUUUUGGUGAGAGCCAAGAUGGUGAUGGAUGCUAGAGCUUUGAUUGAAUCGGUUUUGAAGAAGAAUGAUGGAGAUUCUUUGAAGUUCUCGGUUGUGGAUUCGUUACUGGGUAGUUAUGAGGUUACUGCUUCAAACCCUUUUGUAUUUGAUUUGCUGGUGCAGAGUUAUGCUAAGAUGAGAAUGUUUGAGACUGGUUUUGAUGUUUGUUGCUAUCUGAGGGAGCGUGGGAUGCCUUUAAGUCUUAUAAGUUACAACACUUUGCUUCGUGUUGUGGAGAAAUCGGAGGGGAAUGCUCUGGUUUGGAAGAUUUAUGAGCAUAUGGUGGAAAUGAGGAGUUAUCCGAAUGAAGAGACGGUUAGAAUCUUGAUUGAUGCUUUGUGCAAGGAAGGGGAGUUGCGGAAGUAUGCUGACAUGUUGGACAGGAUUCAUGGAAGGAAGUGUUCUCCUUCUGUGAUUGUGAAUUCGAGUUUGGUGUUUAGGAUUUUGGAGGAGGGUAGAGUUGAAGAAGGAAUGGUGUUAUUGAAGAGAAUGUUGCAAAAGAAUAUGGUCCUUGAUACAAUUGCUUACUCAUUGAUUGUUUAUGCUAAAGUUAAAAUAGGAGAUUUGGGGUCUGCACUGCAGGUGUAUGAAGAAAUGCUUAAGAGAGGUUUUCGUGCAAACCCUUUUGUCUAUACCUUGUUCAUUGAGGCUCAUUGUAAAGCGGGACGGAUUGAUGAAGCAAGAUCAAUGAUGGAUGAUAUGGAAAAUAUGGAUUUGAAGGCAUAUGAUGAGAGCUAUAAUUUUCUUAUUGAGGGAUGUGCUAAAGCUGGUAGAGUGGAAGAAAGUGUGAGUUACUUGAAGCAGAUGAUGGAGCGCAGGUUCAUCCCCAGACUUGGGGCUUUCAAUGAGUUGGUUGGAAAGCUAUCUGAAAUUGGGGAUGCCGACCAAGCUAAUGCGUUGUUAACUAUACUGUUAGAUAAAGGGUUCCCACCGAAUGACGAUACGUACUCUCUUCUGAUUGACGGGUAUAUGAGAAAUGGGGAGAAUGAUGAAGUUCUCAAGCUCUAUUAUGAGAUGGAGUCCAAGUCACUUUCUCCUGGAAUAUCGGUUUUUACAUCCUUGAUAAAGAGCUUUUUCCAAUGCGGAAAAUCAGAGGAAGCAAAAACGUAUUUCAGAAUCAUGAAAGACCGAUCAUUAGCCCCAGGGUUAUCUACAUAUGAGACAUUCAUUGCAAACCUCUGUAAACAGGGAAAUAAAGAACAGGGCUGAUUGCUGCCUUUGCAAUUUGAAAUGGUUUUACACGGCCAAACGUGUUUGAUAUUUCACUCACUAGUAGUGCUGGUUAUGGGAUGCAGAAGGGUAGCCUAUUCAAAGAACAAACGGUGAAGAAGGUUUUCAAUGUGGACUUGGGAUGUGGUGGGGAGUAUAACUUCACAUAAUUAAAUCCUAAGCCACUCCGUUUAAGCAGCGAUUACGAUGUCCUGAAUGUGCCAACUGUUGGCAAUCUUUGCAUUGAAAUUUCUGAUGCUGAAUCUUACGCACACACAUCAAAGCUUCAAGAAUCUGGAUAUCAGGGAAAGCUAGCAAAUAUCUGCGCAACUGUACUGCCAGCCUCCCAGGGAUCGUGCUGAUUUUUCUCUGUAUUCUUUCAAUUUAAUGGAUGUACCGAAGGGACAGUGAAAUCAGAGCCACUUGUCUGAAGCCAAAUCAGAUGACACACAGGUAACUGAUUUGUGUAAGCUAGAGUACGUAAUCAUGGAAGCUAUAUAUUUAUAUUUGGGUACAUAAAUGCACUUGAAACUACUUGAAAACUGACUAUCAAAAGGAUGAAAACCUGUUCCUACAACCAAUUUAGAUUCACAGAAAGCAUAAAAUGAGCAUGCCAGUAAGAAUUAACAUGAAUGUCACUUGCAUCUAAUAAGAGAAUACAAUUAUUGUGCUAGAAACACAGAGUAGAAUUCAAAUCAUGUCUUAUAUUAAUGCCGGGCUUCUAAUUUAAAACCAUUUGUUAAUGGUAGGCUUCUAGGCCCCCUACCUCUCUGAUUUCAAUCUCAAGGAAGGUUAGCCUUCCAGGACCACCUGUGUAUCUUGUUUUGCUGCAGGUUCUGUCUUUGCUGCAAGAAAACAAAGCUACACUGGUAUAAUGGAUGCUGGAUUACUUUCAUAUAUUGGCAUGACUAGGCUAUUAGUUUGGCAUCUGUAUCUGAAGUAUUUGCAUAUGUACUUAUGUAGCAGUAGACGCUUGAUUGCACACUUGGUAGUUAUUGCAUUCUAUUGUUUCAAAAGUCGAAAUCUAAGUCACUAUGCAUUUGGUUUUCUUGCCUUAGGAGCUGAAGCUCUUUGUUGCAUGAAAAAGAUGGAAGUCCCGAUGUGACCUACAGUCAUUUCGUCUGCUGUUAAGUUAUAUCCCCUGAGGUUUGUUGUUUUACAAAUAUUUCCAUAGUCCACAGGCCACUUCUACCACACAAAAGUUCAAGGAGUUCGACAUAUCAGAAGAGUUACUAAAUUGUCAGCUCCCCUCCAGGUUGGUUAAAAUUAAGCAUUGAUGGUGCUUUUGUUAAUCAUUCUGAGGGUAGACUUGGAUUUCUAGUCAGAAAUUCUUCAGGCAGCUUUUACUAUACAGUUGGGAGGCCUUUAGCUCAUCUGCUCUCAGCAGAACGUCCACUACUGCUAGCCUGUAAGGCUGCUUUGGAGUAUAUUGCCACCAAGUGUAGAACCUAUGUUAAAAGCUAUGGAUUCGAUACAAAUGUGUCGGAAUAAUUAGGAAACAAAUCAUGUAUCCCACAAAGUAACACGACAUUAUUAGAACUUUUAUUGAUGACUUAUG